GGCUUAUAAAACUCCGAGAGCUCGUUAGAUCCCCCCACAACACGGACUUGGAGAUACAUCUCCGUCAGGCCGAUCCCGAAUCCUACCGUGCGGUUCUAAAGGAGAUCAAGAACAAGGACAUACAUAAUUUAGUCAUCGACACGAAACCGUCGAACAUGCAACACUUUCUCAAGGGGAUUUUGCAACUUCAGAUGAACGACUACAAAUACCAUUAUAUUUUCACGACGUUCGAUCUGGAAACUUUCGAUCUCGAAGACUUUCAGUACAACUUCGUCAACAUGACGUCGUUUCGAGUCGUCGACACCGAAGAUCUGCACAUAAAGGAGAUACUGAGGGGGAUGGCAAAAUUUCAACCUACCCCGAACACGCCGAAAUUAAAUUCCUCGUUCAUAAAGCACUUGUGUAUUGAAGUUUCUGAAGAUUAUCCCAGCAACAGCAGCUUCAUGUUAGAAAUGGCUUUUAGAAAAUUCCCUUGCACAGUUGGAGAACAGUAA